AAGCGAUAUCACAAUGAUAAACUGCUUUGGGAAGUCACUGUGCACCGUGUGGUCGUAUGCUGUGGUUAGUUUAUUUACAAGACUAGGAGCUGUUUUGUUUGAGGAUUUCACUGCAUUUACAUGUCUGGAUUAAUGUUUCCGUCUUCCCACCGUUUUGCCGACCGUCUUUUUCAGUCGGUAACGCUCGGUAUCAUCAGUUGGUCGUGUUGACAUCGCGACAUUUAAACUAACGGCUAAGUGAUAUAGUAGCUUCGGGCUAUUUUAACCUUAAAGUGGAAGUACUUCAUAGAAAUGCAAGGAAUUCCCAACAUAUUGUGUGUUUAUUUUCCACUCGUUUUUAUCAGUACGGGACUCAACAUAGUAGAAAACGAAAAAUAUUGAUAUAUCAAGCGUAAAGUUUUUCAUUGAACUUGUGUAUUUGCCAUGAGCUAGCUUUCACUUUAUCAAUGAAUCUUAACAGUUUUAAUCAGAAAGUGAAAGACGAACUACCUCCACCUCACUUUACAACAUGUUAUUCACAAGACAACGAACAAGUGGACUGUUUGCUGACCCAUCGUUGAAGCUGUAAACAUGCUAUUCACAGCAUAGUAGUUGUGUGAUUCCAUGUCCCUCCAUGCCUUUGUUGGCAUCUAAUGGAAGAAAAAUCACCCAUCAGAUCUGCCAUGGUAUCCAGACUGCCUACGUUCGGUGGACGCUCCUCGACUGGUGGUGCUAGCCCCUUGUCCAAUGGUUCCACACAGCCAACCACCCCUACACAGGAUGGUAAAACCACUCUCCCAGGAACACGGCCAAAUGGCAUAAUCCGUACCUCUCCUUUUUCCCUGAAAUGGAAGAGAGACGAGGGGACAACCCCCUCGAGCCCCACUACUCCCACCAGCCCUGGGGAUGGAGUUGAAGACAAGGCUCAGACACAGCUUCCUUUAAUGGCAAAGGAGGUAAAGAAUAGUUCUCCAGCGACGCCUAAAAUGCGGAGGUCAGGUGCUUUGACGGUGGCCGUCUCCAGUCCCAAGGCCAUUCCCAAGCAAUCCUUGAAGAUGAGUCCCAAAGUAGGGACCAAGCUAGACCAAAGUCCACUGAACGGAGGUCCUAAAAUGGGCUUUAAUGGCUCCAGCAUUCCUGCUCGAACAGGGUCAGAAUCCCGCCUUGUGCGUCCAAGGAUGGGCUCCAGCUCUCCCAGAAGCAGCUCUCAAGACAGCCUGUCCCAGUCAAGUGACAGCCUGAAGACCUUGGCACUGGACAACAUGGUGCGUUCAAACAGCUUUACUCACUUUAAGCAGAUUCCCUCGCCAACCAGCCAGCCUAUGACACGGUCCUUCUCCUUUAACCGGGCUGUGGAGCUAGCCAAGCCUCUGGCAAACACUCAGCUCCGGCCUCCUAGGAGUAGUUUCCUCAAACCCCCUCAGCUGAGCAAUGGAAGAGUGGGUUUAGGACUAGGAGGCCUGAAUGGCAGCUUUGGAGGUUCAGGAGGUCUAGGUGGAGGACUUGGAGGACUUCAGUACAGUAGAACUUCUUCAGCUGCCUCUUCUCUGCCCACCCUCUCGAUCCCUCCAGCACCCACUACUCCUAGCGCUCUGAGGAAGCCUCUGCUCCCCAGUUGUGUGCUGAACAAGUCAUUGAGCAGCAGUGGGGCAACUUUGGGUUACAGGCUAGCUCUGUCUGGGCAGACAAAGCAGCAAAAGCCACUUUUUCCAUGUAGGGUCAAGGGGGAUAUCAGACCUUUAGCUACCCCUGAAGGUGCGGGGCUGGUAGGGAUAGCAAUAGACAUUGAGCAGACUGGUGAGGCUGACAAAGCAGAGUCUCGCAGUGACAGUGAUGGAAGCUCUGGAGGAGGAAAAGGAGGAGGAAGUGGUGUGCUUAGGAAGAGCUCUGGCCAGACAGCAGGCGAGACUCUGGAGGACAUGUCCUUAUCUUCUGCCUCAUCUCUAGACAGAGGUGACACCAGUGAAGAGUUUCUAGAUGACUUUGACUGUGUGGGAGAUGGGUUCAGUGAUGGGGACCUGCCUGACAACAGGAAAACUGACAGCACUACUCAAACCCGGCUACACAGCUUUCUCAAUGAGAGCAUUGACUGGGACACUAUGGAUCUUGCAGGACAUACAGAUGAAAGCCCUAUGCAGGACUCCCAGGGACCACUGCUGUUGUCUUCAGAGCAGGGUGAUGUCCUUCAGGCUUCCUCUGUGGAGCUGUCGCCCUCCAACAGCUCAGGUGGAACCUACAUGUGGGAUGAGGAUGGUCUUGAGCCCCUUGGGGGGUCGGGGACACAUCCAUGUGACAGCUAUGAUGAUUCAGAGCUCAACAGCAUGGAUAUCCUGAACAACCUGGACCCUCGGGGAACAGGAGAGUUGGACGAUGAUGACCUCAUGCUGGAUGUGGAUCUCCCAGAGGAUGGCUUGCAUGACGCUGACAGGAUGUCCCACUUUGAGCGCUCGGAGAGGGCCGGUCGGCAAGGCCAGCGACGUAAUCACCACCGCUGGAGUGGACCAGAUCACUUCUACAAUGAUAGCAGGCCCCAUGUUGUGCAGCACUACGAUGCACUCAGGGCUUCCAGGAUUUCUUCACGGUCCAUCCCCUCUGAAGGAAGGCAGCAUGGCUACAUGGCGAUGCUGGAUGAACUCACACUCGAACACGCGACUCAGGACUGCAGCUCGCUCAAGAACCAGCUGCUCCGACUCAAAACGCUACUACAGCUUGAGGACACGGACUCUCCAGCAGAUGUUCCUGAAGAGAUUGAAGACAAUUCCACUGCAUCACAGUUGAAGGAGCUGAUUAAAGAAGUGCAGGUGCUCAGAGAGGAGCUGAGGAGUCGAGACAGGACCAUUGCUCAGCUCACAUUGCAGUGCCAACAGCUCCAACAUCAGCGGGAACAAAUGCCUGCUCAAGGACGGCCGGUCAGGUGUCAGUGCCACCACCAGAGGGCUCCCUCUUCACUACGACAGAGCGACAGACAGAUGGACAAGCGGAUGCAGCAGCACUAUGACAAGGCCACCCAGACGUACUGGAGACCACCAAGCCAUGCUCCUCAAAUACUUCAGCCUUUCAACCACUGCCACAACGAGCACCUCCGCCAGGGAAGACUAGCAAGAACUCCCCCCACCGAGGGCCACAGUGACCUCACAGCGGAAGGAACACUUCAACAUGCUGACCGUCCUCUUGAGGACCUUAUGGCAAAUGUGUCCGGGCCAGCAAACCCAGACGAGCUGAGUCAUCUCCUCAGCACCCAACUACGCCGCCCAUGUCCUGGAGCUCCACAUGGAGUAACUGCCAGAGACAGUGUGGCAUCAGAAGCUCACUCUGUGGCACAGCAUGGGAGGAGAGCCCCCGCUGUGAUGCCACAGAGCUCCGUCACUCCUAAAUCUGCUAGUUCGACUAGCCCUCGCAUGCUGCAGCCUCCUCGCCUUCAUAAGCGCGUGUCACUCCCUGCACUCAAGCCAGGGUCCACUGGUAGCUUUGCCUCUCUGAAGCCGGGGUGUUCCUUAGGCCCUCUGGCUAACCGGACCAAGCAGCUGCCCCCUCCGUCUAGAGGCCUUCCCUGCUUUAACGCUGGACCCCAGGUUCAGGCUCCAAGUCUAUGUCGCACUUCACUGCUUCAGCCUCGCAGAGCAUUAGAGCCUUUCAGGGAUCCACGGUGCUCCAACUCCAGCCAGGAGGAUUCUGACCGGGGGACGCUCGGAGACCCUGGGUCAGCCAAAAUCCUGAGCACUUCGAGUCACUCAUGCCUCCCCAAGCCAAAGAUUCCCUGAGGAGAUUAAAACCCACCCAUCAAAACUUAAAACUGGAAACACUCUGACAUUGGUAUUCACCCCCUCCUCUCCCCAGGUACAAUAACAGUGUGAUUGUUUUACCUUUUGAGUGUCAACAUACACUGAGUUCAUUUACCCGUGUGGAUCAUUCAGGGACUGCCUGCGUUGACAUUGGUUUUGUGACUGCUGUAUUGUUUCUAAAUUAGCAUCUACAACUCCAGCAUGACUGAAAUAAAGUAUGUGGCAGGAUCUUAUCUUCACAACAAUCCAUAGUGGGAUAUGACAGUUUUCCGAUUGAGGGGAAUUUAUGGAAGAAGAAAUGUGCAGUCGACAGGCCUUUGCAUAUGCACAUGAGUGUUGCUGAUGCAAAGACAAAAAGGUGUCACCAUUCAGAGCAGGUUUAGUUCAGUAUCCGCUAGCUGUUCCCUUCUAAGUCUAAGUUCACUUGUGUUCACACAGCUGUACCCUCUGACACACAGUGUGACGCAAAGUGUGACCUUUGCGGUGUAAAAGAAGACCCCGGGGAAGAUGGAGGCAGAAACAAGAAGUGGGAAAGAAAGGAAGGGAGGGGGGGGGAGAAUAACAUAACGGCAGGAGUGGAAUGGUAGGCUGGGCUGAAUAACACAUUUGUCAAACUGCUCUGGAGCUGUCAAUCCCAGAAUGAAAAUAUGUGUUUGUGUAAAUGUGUGUGUGUGUAGAGAAGUGAGAGAUGACAGACUUAGUGAGGUGCAGAAGUGUUCCUAGUUCAGUUUGCUACACUACAUCCUGAGUGAACCUUGGGUUUCAGACCUUCUAUGUAUAGUAAAUGCACCUAUAGGCUUAUAACAAACAAUAUCAUGCUGGUGGUGGAGAUAUGGUUUCAUAAUUUAGCGGAAAAGAACAGCGUAAUAAAGCACUCACACACUUAAGUGUACUCAGGUACAAUGUAGGCCUACUCAUAUCCAUCAGAGUACGGAAAUUGUCUGUUAUUUUAGGGCUACUUUGUGCAGUUGGAGAUAGAAAAGAGUGAAGAGUAAAAGGAAGUUGUAUGUGUGAUGGGAGAGAGACCUGUAACAAAGCUUAUUUAAUAUCCUACAGUCUUAUAAUAUUUACUAUAAGACAAACAACACACGACAUCUGCCAGUAAUGUGAGGAGAUGUCACUUGUUUCUAGUGCAAAUACAUUUGAUGCAGAUGUUGGUCACUUUAAAAAGAAUUCAAUUCAAACUCAUAGAAUUAAUGAAAUCUCUUAUUUUGCAGUGCACACUAACUUCCUUGAACUGUCUCCCUUAAUGACCCGCACAUGUAAGCAUCAGCUAACAGGGACUCAUCAGACGUUUGAAGCUGCUGCCUGGUGUGUGAUACUGUAUGUGUGUUAAAGUGUGUGUGUGUGUCUCUCUCUCCUCCUCUCGCUCCCUUGCACAUCUCUUUGGGAACAUCAAAGGUAUUAGUGCGUUAUUUUCAGGUAGGGAGCCUUUGGGGCUUUAGUGGUGUUUCUGUGGGAGCUUUGGAGAAUUGUGUUUAUCUCUCCUUUGCGGAGCCCUUUUGCAGUCAAACGCUCUCGAAAUGUCCCCGAACGGAGAGCAGCAGUGUGUUAAAAAGGCCUUCUGACAGCAACUCUGCUCUCUUCUCUGUCACGCCGCGUGACCGCUUGGUGUACGCCUCUGGCACUGUCCGGUCUACUGCGUCCAAUAAUGCAACCUACAUAGACAGAGUGAGACAGACAGAGAGAGAGAGAGAGCGACACACAGACACAUCACACGCAUACACAUCCUGGACACACAAGAUACAUAGACGCACACGCACAAGAACUCUGACAAAACUCAAAGAGACACAACACUCAGAGGGAACACACACACACACACACACACACACACACACACACACACACACACACACAUACAGUAGCCAAACAAAUGCGCCUACAUACAGACACAUUAAAUUCUAUAGCAAAGUGGUUAGAAGUGUUUGUGUUGUUUUGGUAGUUCUCACAAAAUUAGCUCUCCAAGUAAACAUUGAUCCAUCUGUACACUGCCAAAAACAAAAGGUGGCUCUCCCUAGAUUACCCUGGAAAUGUGGAUCCAUGUGGCUGAUAAAGCGUGUUUACCUGUUGGGAGCGGUUCAACAUUGCGCCAAACCAGCCAAGCAGUCAACACUGCUAUGUGACGCCAAUAAAAACCCAUUUCUUUUAAUGAAAAGAGAGACGCAAAGACACAUACACAGGAUGAGAAAGAUGCACGAGGAGAGACAAGAAGAUGGGGCGUGAGGAGAGAGCGAAGAAUAAUAUAUGUAGAGAUGAAAUCGUGAAGGGGCUGUGAUCAGGAUAAGCUGGCAGACGAUUCUGUUUGUGAACGUUUGUCCAUAAAAUGUCGUAAAGGUGUGCAUAAUCAGGAGACAGACUCAGAAUACAUAACAUGUUUGUUUGUGUGCACUGUGGUCCAAAGAAUAGCCCAAUACACUCAGCUGUGUCACUUACUGCUUAGUAAUGCCAAACAGGAAAUCAAUGUUGCCCCGUGUGUGUUUGUGUGAGUGUGUGUGUGUGUGUGCAUAUAUGUGCGUCUCCAGACACCUCUGGCUGCCAGAGUUUCUUUCUUGGAAGAGUGUGUGUGUGUGUGUGUGUGUGUGUGUG